GAAUCUUAUAAAACUCGCAAUUCCUUUCUCACUAUUCUAUGUUCGCGUGGCGACUGAUAUAUUCUCAAAAUUAUCUCUCUAUUUUUGUCGCUAUCCAACACGACGCCAAUCAAUCAAAAUGGAUCCUACCGUUGAGACCAAGCCAUGGCUUACUUUCCUCGACAAAGAAGCUUCCAAUACUUCUGCCCAGGAUUUCGUACCAGAUGUCGCAAACAUCUUGAAAAAUUACCUCAUAUCCAAGACUGAGAACAAUAAUGCUUUAGAAACUGCCAAGAAAAUCGACAGUUAUUCAGUACCCUCACCAUACAUGCACCUGAGCUCCGUGUACUGGAUGAUAUUCGAUACUGCGGCAGUCAUACCUUACAAUGACGCUACGCAGGAGAAGCUUCUGAAUCUUCUGAUUGAGAUGUUAAGGCUUCCUCGGAGAAAGUUUGAGACGCAGGCUGGAGAGAUCGCCGAAGAACGUCCUAUCUAUUAUGAAGAAUUCUUCAAUAUCUUCAACGAAAGCUGGAAUGCGAGACAUGUGGACGAGUUGGAUUUGGACACCAAAACCCAAGAUGAAUAUACCCAAGCAUGUAUUGAGUGGGUCAACAUUUCCGCAUUUUUUGCUCGCUGUUAUUCUGCCGGUCUGGAGAAAGAUAGUGCUUCUGCAUGCAAGUUUCCUGAAAAUGAUAUUCCUGAAGCUUUAGAGUCGAAAGACAGCUAUGUGCCCGGAAUCGACACGGACUUCAGGGUUAUGGUGGCGACACAAUAUAUUGUCAUUGCUGGGGAUAAGAUAAUGAAGGUAUCAGCUAAAUUUUGGGAAGGGCAUUCUGACGUGUGGGAGAAGAAAUUGCAGGAGCUAGAGGAUUGGUAUGAGAAUGGCUUCCCAGAAGUCAUCCCUCGUUACGAGAUACCACCUGGUGAGAAAGAACUCAUUGGCACAGGGGAUUUAGGAAUGGAUGUUUUAUCAUCUGUGAAAGCUGCAAGCAAAAAGUUGAAGGAAAUGCAAGGAGUCCUCAAGCAGGAAAGCAAUGAAGACUUAGCUGAGGGAGAGGAUGAAUAAGUCACGAGAUGGACUUGGAUCCUUGAUAGAAGUAAACAACAAAUUCCUGAACCGCAAUGCUUUGGCAAAGAUAUUUUGGGCAUACUAGCGAUGAGUAUAUAUAAAAAUUAAUCUAUUUACAAGAAAUAUUUGAGAAGAGGUUAGAAGCAUAAAGCUAAUUCCUAAAUCAUAAAGGUAUCA